UUAGUUACUUAAACUCCUGCAGCAGGACAUCUACCCCUAAUUCAAAUGCACGGAGAUAUCGGACGACGUAGCAGUGCAGCCUCUUCUUCUCAAACCCUCAUCGCCAACACCGUCAAUGUCGAGGUACCAACCGCUCUCCGAUGCGGGGUCCUUUCACGUUGGCCGCCCACGGGCGAAGCAACAACGGCAACGCAGGUGCGGGAGAGAGAACCACACACACCAACACAUUUACUACGCAUACACGCGCACAUCCUGCCAUCGCUCUGUGCCUCAGCGGCCCGUUUGCUAUUUCUGUCUGUUCCUUGUUUCCCUUUCACCCCCGCGUGCCGUGUAUCGAAGCUCUUCCCGCUAUCUUUAUCCAAAAGCAGAGGCGCGGCCGCGGCCGGAACUGCAACGUUGUGGAGGGGAGGGGCAACCAAAUCCCGGUCGCCAAGUCGCGAACGAUCAAAGUGCAGCACAAGCGAGGGCGAGAAACGUGCAGAAGGACACCUCAUCUGCCACGAGGAAGAGUGCGAGGCUUGGGGAAGGGGCUGCACACCGAGCCUGGCUCAAGACUUUCAGAGCGUACAACGGCGCAACAGCAAAGACGGCUUGUUUGGCAGCUUCCCAUCCCAUUUUGGAGCCCAGGUGUGCGCCCCUUUGCCCCUCCUGGGCCUCUUGAGGCGGCCUUGGGCGGCCGUCUUUGGCGGCCAUAUUCAUGCAUCUCGUUUGCCCAUGUAAGAGUACUUCAAAUGGGGAAAGGCAAACACCGUGACGCACCGCCAGCUAUUUCGGAGGACAUCUCUUGUGAAUCCUCCGGCCGUAUCUCCCUGUAGUCUUUUUCGCCAGCUGAGGUGUCGGUUUGCGUGAUAGAACUCUUCGCGGAACCUCCCAGUGCCGGCUGGCAAAUGAUGGCUCAAGUUUGUUGCUGUAAUUAUGCAGAUGACGGGCUUUGCAGCAUGGCCCAUGGUCCCAUCCUGAGAUGCUCAUUUCUUAUAGGAUUCUCUCUCGGCCGGUCAGGGAGAUGUUUGGCGAACGAAAAACUGCUGCACGCACCAUGCAGCAUGAAGCAUGCACCAGCAACACCGUUGAUUUUCCUGCUUUUCUUGCUUUUUUUUCUUCCUUCGACCUUUGAGUCUUUCUGGCCUCCUUGAAUAUUUUUCUUCGUCUUCUUCAGCGAGCUGGCGGUGUUACACUUUAACCGGGCGCCAAGUGGCAGCCAG